AUGGAACAAGGAUGGAUUGAGGAAAGAUUAACAUUUUUCUUGGAUUGGUAUGACCCAGAGAGACAAACAUGGCACAAGGAUUUAGAGUUUGGCGUGACCUUUUCGACCGCAAUAGUUGUCGAGUUGGUGAUAUUUGAUAGGUGUGUAUGGCAACCAUUGUAUUAUUGCCCGCCCCCGCCACAAAUAAAAUCCACUAAAAAAAGAUUUCAAUCAAAUGACGUCGGUCAUUGGUUGACCUUCUGUUGUAAAAAUAGUGUGGUGCUGUCUGAAAAGCAAUUUGUUUGGUUUUUGAUCGAUUUUCGUCAUAUGCAAUUCUUUCGAAAAUAA